UAGGGGAGGGAGGGGUCAACAAUUCUUUUUAACCUUAUAAAUAUUAUUACCAUUAAUGUCCAUAAAAAGACAUUAUGCAUUUCUUCCAAAGAGGUAAGGGUUAGAGGGAGAACAAUUUUUAUGAGAAAAAAAAUCUCAAAAAUUUUAAUACCUUUGAUACACAUUAAGCUUUUAAUAGCUUAGUAUUUUUUAAUAGUAAGAAAGUGGAUUAAGGAAGUAUAAGAGGAGAGAAACUGAAAAGGAAAGCAAAGCUAUGCAGAAUAAUUACUAAAAAGACUUCUUGACAAUCACAAAAUCUUCCUACACAGCUGCUCUGAGAUCUCAGCACUGUUAUCAGCAACCUUCUGGUAAAGCUACUUUGUCAAAUAGAUGCAAUAGGAUCCAUAUUGAUCUUUGUGAAGGAAUAUCUUUAUUAAUAUAAGCAAACACGCCUCUCAUUUUUAGUAAUAUAAAGGUGUGGGCUUUUUCUUUUACUCUUAGUAGUAAUGUUUCCCCAAUUUAUAUCACUUCCCUUUGAUAUGUGGGUUGAGUCAUAAAUUAAUGUCAUCUAAAUGAGGGAGGCAACUACAUUACAAAGUAGGAAGGAGUAACUUGAUAUGAAUUGUUACAGUUGACAGCUAUGUACUCUUGAACUAAAUGUUAUCAUGUCAAAUAGCUGAGAUCUUGAACAGUUGUUGGAAUGUAAAAUUGUGGACAUUUAGGUUUGUAGCCUAAAAAGUUUUGUCAAUCUUUUCUAGACAUUCUGAAAUGGAAAUGAACAGGUGGAUUGAAAACAAAGACAAAUGAGGAGUUUAAAGACUUUCUUGGCAUCUCAUAGAGAAGUUGCUCUACACUGGUGAUGUUUUAAACAAAACAUGUAUAAAUACAUUCAGCAUGUCUGGAAACAGACUUAUUGGAUCUUUCCAUUUAUUUUUGAGAAAAAAUAGGUAUAGAGGACUCAAGUGCAUUAUUCACUAUAUACUUUCCAUCAUGUAUUACUUAAUCUCAAGCCAGGGGAGAGAAAGGAACUAUUUUACAUGAUUCCAUAAUGUACAUUAGUGAGCUCAACCCACUUAAUCUUAAAAUAACAGUAUCAGGUCAGGGAUUUAGAAUACAGUAUUAUAUGAAAACAGUUGGCAGGGAGACUCACUCUUCUGCCAUUAAUAACUGACUAUAAACAACGGUAUUUCAGACCCUAAAUCCAACUGAAACCUAGAAACAAUAAAUGGAGAGGAUGGGGUGGAUAAUUGGUGAGAACAUGUUUUUCAAAGCAGAGGAAGAAUCACUAUGUUUUUGCUGAAUUAUAUGUUGCCAUGGACAUGGCAGUAUGCAGUAAUGAUGCUAUCAUCUAUACAGCUGUAUAACAACACAGCUUAUCCCUCUCCCACUCCCCUCAGUAAGGCUUGGAAAUAAUAGGCUUGUGUGUAAUUGGUAAGAAAAUUAGAAUCAUUUAAAGUUAUUUCAGUCCCAAUCUAAGAAGGAAAAAAAGAGACUUGGGGGGGGGGAAUGGGGAAGAAGAGCAAACAAAAGGUAGAAAAAAUAUAUAUUGUAUAAUAAAGUAUAAUAUGUAUUAUGCAGAAAAUAAAUAGGGGAAUCUUGGAGUCCUGGAAAACUAAUGGGUGAAAUCCAUUGAAGUGGGCAAAUUCAGUGAAAAGACCUGGGUUGUGUGUGACCUUGAGCAAAGUCACUGUGUCUUAAGGAUGUUUCUUCAUCUGUAAAAUGGAAUCAUAAUGAUAAUGUCCUGUACUUCAAGGGGCAGUGGUAAGGAUUAAAGGAUGAAAACAACUUGUAAACUAUAAAGCCCUACAGAAAUAAGGCAUUAUAUACCGUUGAUCUUCAGAGACAGGGAAGAGUUAAGGAAAAAUGAUCUAGAAGGCCUUGGAGACUAACGACCUGGGUUCUAAUUCCAACACUGUCACUAGAAGUUUGAGACCCUGAAGCAAGUAAAUUACUAUCAUAAUUUUCAAUUUCUUCUUUUUGGGAAAUGAAGAUAACAUCAUUUUCUUCAUAGAAUCAAGUGAGAGAACCUAUGCAACGGAGCCUAUCACUUGGUAGGUGCUUGAGUCCCCCUCCUUCCCCGAACUUUAUUUAGUGGGUGUUAUCAACAAAAAAGUGCUCAGAGUGUGGUAUCUUUUAAAAGAUAUCACAAGGCAAGGCAGGAACAGAUAAGGAAACUGAAGUACAUAAAUGCAAACCAAGUGGGAACCAACAGCUAGACUUGUAGAUGUCUUAGUUCACCUUAACCGCGUGAGGCUAGGGAAUUCAUCCACAUCCAAUAAAGACAUUCAGAGUUGGAGAGCGGGCGAGUCGAGUGUCCUUUCGACUCCACGGACUCGACGGGGAGGGACUCUGAAAUUCUUAAUUAGAACUGGUUGCCAUGGUGACAGUCUCUAGGCAGCGUGGGCUGAGCUCUCGUAAGGAUAGAGGGUGGGCCGCCACUGGACCCUGCGCGCGCGCCCGCCGCCAACUUUCCCUCCAGACCUGAGAGGGACGGCGCGCUCCGCCCCCGGGCCGCGCACGUCCGCGCUCGGCGGCGCGCACGCCUGCGGGAGCCCUCUCCAGGCAACCUAGUGCUGAUAGCUCGUGCCGGUGCGGCUGUUAACGGCCCUUGCGGGAGCCCGAGACUCAAAAGCAGCCCCCUCCCCUUCCUGGGCUUCCACCCCACCCCCUUCCUGGUCGGCCCCCGGGCAUGAGCAGCGAUGGCAGGCUGCAUCCCUGAGGAGAAAACUUACCGGCGCUUCCUGGAGCUAUUCCUGGGCGAGUUUCGAGGACCGUGCGGCGGCGGUGAGCCGGAGCCGGAACCCGACCUCGAGUCGGAGCCCGAGCCCGAGCCCGAGCCCGAGCCUGAACUGGUAGCAGCUGAGGCGGCCGAGGCUUCAGUUGAGGAACCCGAGGAGGCGGCGGCCACGGUAGCCGCAACAGAGGAGAGGGAGCAAGACCCGGAGCCUGAGGAGGAGGCAGUGGAAGAAGAGGAAGCGGUGGCAGUAGAGGGCGAGGAGCAGGAGGCGGCAGCGGCAGUAGCCCCGGGGCACUCGGCCGUGCCGCCCCCGCCGCAGCCCCAGCUGCCGCCGUUGCCCCCACUACCGCGGCCGCUGUCGGAGCGCAUCAUCCGCGAGGAGGUGGAGGGCGAGAGCCUGGACCUUUGCCUGCAGCAGCUCUACAAAUAUAAUUGCCCUUCCUUUUUGGCUGCUGCUUUAGCCAGAGCCACGUCAGAUGAAGUCCUUCAGAGUGAUCUUUCUGCACAUUAUAUCCCAAAGGAAACCGAUGGCACAGAAGGGACUGUGGAGAUUGAGACAGUGAAAUUGGCCCGUUCUGUCUUCAGCAAACUACACGAGAUUUGCUGCAGCUGGGUGAAAGACUUCCCUCUCCGCAGGAGACCCCAGCUUUAUUAUGAGACAUCAAUCCAUGCCAUCAAAAACAUGCGCAGGAAAAUGGAGGACAAACAUGUCUGCAUUCCUGACUUUAAUAUGCUCUUCAACCUAGAGGACCAGGAAGAACAAGCUUACUUUGCAGUGUUUGAUGGCCAUGGGGGAGUGGAUGCUGCCAUUUAUGCCUCCGUUCACCUCCAUGUUAACUUAGUACGCCAGGAGAUGUUCCCCCAUGAUCCUGCUGAGGCCCUGUGCCGGGCCUUCCGGGUCACUGAUGAGCGGUUUGUGCAGAAAGCAGCCAGGGAGAGCUUAAGAUGUGGGACCACAGGAGUAGUGACUUUCAUCAGAGGCAACAUGCUACAUGUGGCCUGGGUGGGCGAUUCCCAGGUUAUGCUUGUGAGAAAGGGCCAAGCUGUUGAACUAAUGAAGCCACACAAACCAGACAGAGAGGAUGAAAAGCAGCGAAUUGAGGCCCUUGGAGGUUGUGUAGUCUGGUUUGGUGCCUGGAGGGUGAAUGGAAGUCUAUCGGUGUCCAGAGCUAUUGGAGAUGCUGAACACAAGCCAUAUAUCUGUGGAGAUGCAGAUUCUGCCUCUACAGUUUUGGAUGGGACUGAAGACUACCUCAUUCUGGCCUGUGAUGGCUUCUACGACACGGUAAACCCUGACGAGGCAGUGAAAGUUGUGUCCGACCACUUGAAAGAGAAUAACGGAGACAGCAGCAUGGUUGCCCACAAAUUAGUGGCAUCAGCUCGUGAUGCUGGGUCAAGUGAUAACAUCACUGUUAUUGUGGUAUUCCUGAGGGACAUGAACAAAGCUGUAAAUGUUAGUGAGGAAUCAGAUUGGACAGAGAACUCUUUUCAAGGAGGGCAAGAAGAUGGUGGGGAUGAUAAGGAGAAUCAUGGAGAGUGCAAACGCCCUUGGCCUCAGCACCAGUGCUCAGCACCAGCCGAUCUAGGCUAUGAUGGGCGCGUGGAUUCAUUCACUGAUAGAACUAGCCUGAGCCCAGGGUCCCAAAUCAACGUGCUGGAAGACCCAGGCUACCUAGAUCUCACACAAAUAGAAGCAAGCAAACCUCACAGUGCCCAGUUUAUGCCACCAGUUGAGAUGUUUGGUCCUGGUGCACCAAAGAAAGCAAAUCUUACUAAAGAGCUAAUAAUGGAGAAAAAAUCAGUUCUAUCGUCAUUGCCUCAAUGGAGCGGUGCUGGAGAGUUUCCCGCUUCUUUCAAUUUGGGUUCAUCAGGGCAGCAGAUACAGAGAAUGGAGAGCUUGUCUCCUGUCUGUUCUGGGUUGGAAAAUGAACAGUUCAAAUCCCUGGGAAACAGAAUUUCUAGAUUGUCUCAUUUUCGCCACCACUACUCAAAGAGGUGGCGUGGAUUCAGGUUUAGUGUAAAGUUUUAUUCAUUUCUCUGUGCUCAAGAGCCGUCCCACAAAAUAGGCACUAGCCUAUCCUCACUUAUUCGAAGUGGGAAGAGAAGUAGGAUGUUGAGAAGUUCUCUGCCAUGGAGGCAAAAUAGCUGGAAAGGGUACAGUGAAAACAUCAUGAGGCAGCUCAGAAAGAGUAAUGAUAUUCCAUACCCAGAUCUCCCCUGGAGCUAUAAAAUGUAAUAAUUUUUCUUUAAAGUAGGCUAGCUAGCUCUCCCCCAAUAAAAACACCACCAUCAGAGUAGAAACAAGGUAGACAUUUCUAAAACAUACAUGCUUCAUUAUGAAUCCAUGGAUGGCUCAAUUCUUAAAAUGUAAAUAGAUCUCUAGGAAACUCAAAAUACAGUGUUUUCAAUCUAAAAAAAAGUAUUGGUAGUUUCACUUGCAAAACUAUACAACUGGUCCCUGUGAUGUGUCUCCACACCCACAUACAACCCCUCCCACCACCCCUUCACGUCACUAGUGGAAGCUUGCGAGUCAGUUAUGUCAGGAUAUAUAGUGUUGAAAUCUCAACGCAGUUGAAAUUUGGUCUGUUGUGCCUAAUAUCUAUGGAAAACUCAAUGCAGAAUUAAACUUAGUUGGGAAAUGUCCCUCAAAAUCCUGGGGACUGUAAAGGAAACAUGCCCCCACCACUUUGGGGUAGGGAAAAGACUAAAAGCCAUAUGGUUUUUAACUGGUAACAAUGAAAGUAAAAAACUAGUGUAAAAGUGUCGUCAUCUCAGACUUGUGAGGCGGUUUACAGUCAAAAAGAUUUAUUGAUUUUUUUUUUCUGUAAAAUAGACUGAACAUUUUUUUUGAAUUAAAAAAUAUUUCCUAGGGCUGUAGUUAUUUGGGGGUUUCAUAACUUGUUAUGGUGCUUUUGGUGGAAUUUUUAUUAGUUAGCAUUUUAGGGGACCACUGUCAACUGGUUUUAAUCUGUGAUGCUAAUAUGUUUUUCACUGUACCUUCAUCUCAGGAAUAAAACUGGUUUCAUGGAGAUGAUGUCAGGUACAAAUAUACUAGAAUCAAAAUGCCAUUUAAAAAGAAAAUCAAAUAGCAUUUUUAUAUUUUUUUCCUUUAUUUUUUAGUUCAGACAGCAAAGGCAUAUACUACUAUAAAAUGUGGUUUUGGAGAAUGAAAAGUGCUAAUUUUAACUUCUCUAAAAUUAUUUACUCCAAGGGAAUGAAUUGUUAUGAAGGAGGCUGAAAGUAUUGCCUCAAGUGAGCCCAGAGGCCAAGUGCAAAGGAGAAUGCAGAUUACUGAGACACAGGUCUGUUUAGUUAUAAUUGGAGGACGCACCAGUGUCCUGCUACAUGCAGCUUCUGACUGCAGAUAUAGGACAUGUGCUUCUCAUUUCAAUAGUUAUUGAUAUUUUAAAAUUAUCUAGUUUUUGCUAUUUCUGAAGUUUCAAGCUAGAAGCAUAUCUUCAAUUAAAGACAGCAAAUAAAUAGACUCCUUCAGUGAAGCAGCCUCUGAUUUCUCUGAGCAUCAUAAAUGUCUUGGCAUUGCCCUCCCUUAGUCAACUAUGGACUAGCCCCGCCAAUGGACAAGGGCAACCCAUUGCAGCGAUUACUCAUACUGUUAGGAUGCACUAAAUGUUCUUGCUGAGAAAUGUCCAUUGCCUAAUCAUAUUUUUACAUGAUAAUACAAUUACUUUAUGUUCCCCAGACUGAUAACGUAAGACUGAAAUUCCUGAAUUUUAAAGACAUAGAUAACUAUAGCAUAUUUUGGGUACCAGUAUAGCUAUAUAAAAAAAUAAAUAAAAACAGCUUCACUUUAGCUAUGAUCAGAUUGUUAAUCUACAGAUUUUAUUUUUUAAAAUUUGGGUGUAAGAGAUUUUUCAGUAUUUGUUUUCUCUUGAUUUGGAAGUCAAUUCUUCUUUUCUCAAGUCUGUGACACAUGGUUGAGAAGGAGUGAGUAAACAUGGCUCCAACUACAGAAUUAGAAUCUUUCAUCAUUCUGAUGCUUUGCCCCCACACAUGGACCUCACUCACAAAUGUCAUUUUCUGAAGCCUAGAUCUUGUUAACAACCAAUCAGGUGCAGUGUUGGUUCCAAA